AUGAGCAAUAAGAGGUCAAGCGCCUCCGACGAGGACUUCGCUGAGACGAAAGACCUCGAAGCAGCCAAACCCCCAACCCUAACUAGGUCCUCUCUCCCAACCGAGUCCUCUCUCGAUGCCGACGCCAAUGCCAACAUAGACCCGGAUAUCAUCACAUGGAAUGGACCAGAUGAUCCAGAGAACCCCAAAAACUGGCCUAAGGGUCUAAAGUGGAAGAACACCUGUGUUAUCUCCCUUUUCGUCUUCAUCUCGCCAGUCUCGUCAUCCAUGAUUGCCCCCGCCAUGCAAGAUCUUGGUAAGGCUCUAGGGAUGCACUCCAAUAUUGAGAUAUACCUGUCCAUGGCUAUCUUUAUCCUCGCCUACUCCAUCGGCCCCAUCUUCUUUGGACCAAGCUCGGAACUCUACGGCCGUGUGUGUCUGCUUCAAAUUAGCAACGUGUGGUACCUAGCCUGGAAUUUGGGCUGCGGCUUCGCGAAAACAAAGUCCCAACUCUUUGCCUUCCGCUUUCUUGCGGGAAUUGGUGGCAGUGCGCCGCUCGCAAUUGGAGGAGGUGCAAUUGGCGACAUGUGGAGCGCCGAAGAACGUGGCAAAGCCAUGGGCAUUUACACUCUUGGUCCGCUUCUCGGGCCUGUUGUUGGUCCCAUUGCAGGCGGCUUUAUUGCCCAGUACUCGACUUGGCGCUGGGUCUUCUGGUCAACCUCUGCCGCUGCCGUCGCGGUCCAGCUUGCAGGAUUCAUUUGGCUGCGUGAAUGUCACCCCGGUACGAUCCUACGUAAGCGACGCGAUGCUCUUGUCCAGAAGACGGGCAACAGUAAUCUGCAUACCGACGAGAAGGUAGAGAAGCUUGUCUAUAAGCUUUUACAUGCCUUCGAGCGGCCGUUGCUUUUGUUUAUGACGCAGCCUAUUGUCUUCUGCAUGGCCAUCUACAUGGCUUACCUCUUCGGCGUAACAUACCUCUUACUUGCGACGUUCCCGAACAUCUGGACAGAAGUCUAUCACGAGAGUCCCAGCAUUAGCGGACUGAACUACCUAUCCAUUGCCAUUGGGUCGUUCGCCGGUCUCUUCUUCAACCUUAAGCUGGUCGACCGAAUCUAUAGGACCCUCAAAGCGCGGAACAACAACGUUGGCAAGCCCGAGUACCGCAUGCCGUCGUUAGCCGUGGGCUCUGUCGUAAGCACCAUUGGUCUCUUCUGGUACGGCUGGAGUAUCGGGAAUACCCACUGGAUCAUGCCCAACAUUGGGGCGCUGAUCUUCACAGCAGGAACGAUCUCAUGUCUGCAGGGUAUGCAGACAUAUAUCGUCGACAGCUACGAAACCUACGCGGCUAGUGCCAUGGCGGCUUGUGCCAUCCUGCGCAGUCUGUGUGGCUUCGGGUUCCCGCUCUUUGCUCCGUAUAUGUAUGCAUCUCUCGGCUAUGGCUGGGGCACGAGCGUUCUGGCUUUCAUUACCAUGGCUAUUGGAUGGUCGGCACCUUUUGCGUUCUAUUUCUUUGGGCCUAAGCUCCGUGCCGCUUCUAGAUUUGCUGCCGGUUAA